UCCAACAAUCAAAACACAAACUUUUCUCUGCAUUUUUUUUUUCUCUUACCUAUCAAUUGUCCCUUUUUUGCUUGUAAUUUAUCUUCAUGGCUGCCAUGGUUUCUGCAUAUUUCUUCGUGUUUCUAGCUCUCUUUGGCAUGGUUGCAUCUGACCCUGAUCAUCUCCAGGAUCUCUGUGUAGCUAACAAAGCUGCAGGAAUAAAGGUGAAUGGAUUUCCUUGCAAGGAGGAAGCGAAUGUUACGGAAGCUGAUUUUUUCUUUAGCGGUUUAGCCAAUCCAGGAGUCAUCAACAAUUCAGUGGGAUCAGUGGUAACAGGAGCCAAUGUGGAGAAAAUUCCAGGGCUCAACACCCUUGGAGUGUCACUUGCUCGCAUUGACUAUGAACCUGGUGGCCUUAACCCGCCCCACACUCACCCACGUGCCACUGAGAUCAUCUUUGUUCUCGAUGGUGAAUUGGAUGUUGGGUUCAUCACUACAUCAAACAAGUUGAUCUCCAAAUCCGUCAAGAAAGGCGACAUAUUUGUCUUCCCCAAGGGACUGGUACAUUUCCAGAAGAACAAUGGCGAGAAGCCAGCUUCCGUGAUUGCAGGAUUCAACAGCCAGUUGCCUGGAACUCAAUCUAUUGCCGCUACAUUGUUUACUUCGACGCCCCCAGUGCCAAACAAUGUAUUGACCAAGGCCUUCCAAAUUGGCACCAAGGAAGUCGACAAAAUAAAAAAUAAGCUUGCCCCUAAGAAAAGCUAAGCUAAAUGAGGCAUCGAAGAGGCUAACUAAGGCAAAACCAUCAAAUUCUAGUUUCCAUGGAUGAUACUACUUUUGUAUGAAUAAUAUCUCAAAUUUCAUAACGUUUUGUGGGUAAUAAUGAUCAGUGCAGAUAUUCGUAUAUAAACAUAUUCUAUUUCUAUGGAAUUGAAUAAUGGAAAUUUAAGACCAAAAGGUUGUUUGGAGCAA